AUAUCUUGGGCGUCUAUCACGAGAGCAGAUGUGCAGGCUCAUAUUACGCUGUUUUGAUAGGGAGCGAAACCUCAGCUCAGCUGGAUUUUGGGAUUACUGUCACAAAGUUUGGUUGGCUCACAUCAUUCACACAUUGCCACUGGAUGUUGAAAAAGAUUACAAAAUACAAGGUUGACAGGAUAAUAAAACAGAAAGGGGUAGCUAUAUCUUAUAUAUAUAUAUAUAACUCUGUUUAAUUUGGAGUUGGCUUAUAUUCUUAAAGUUAAGAUAUCCAUGCAUGCAUGUCGCACCAUUGAAGUGUAGCAUGUUGGUAAUUUAUUAUCCCACAAAGUAGUACGAAAUACGAAGUGUGCUGUUUUCACACAUACACAGUAAAGUCAGUAUUGUCAAAGGUCCCUCAAAGGGAUAUCAUAUAUUAUUGUAUUAACGAAAACUACCUUCAGUUUGAAGUUGGACUGGUAUGAUCAGACCUUAAGUUUGUAACAGUAAUUAACACUGACUAAUAACACACAAUAUACAUGCACAUAAGAACAUUGGCCUAUCAUCCUACGAAGUUAAACACCAAAUUAAGGUGCUAUUAUAUAUAUAUUAACUAACGUACGGUAGGCAAUUAUAGGUUUCGAUUAUGCCAUUUGAUGGAGUACAUGGACAUUUGACAAACAAAAUAUUUCAUAAUUUAUAACCACUGAAAAUUGUUUUCAGGGAAAAAUUUCGUAUUCUGUGCAUGGUGGUAACAGAAAAGGAGUACAUGCUACAUGGUAUUAGAAAACUUAUUAAUCGGAUGCUAUAACUGUGCUGAUUUAACAGUUACAUGAUAAGGUAUGAACAAAUGGCUUAAAAACUUUAACCCCUCAACCUCCAUUUGCUAGAGUGCACAAUAUACUAAAAAUUCAAGUUUGUCAUGAAAGGCUGCCAGUAAUUUAAGCCCCUUGGCCCUUGCAAACGCCAGCACGUUUUCAUUGACAAUUUUUAUUCGCUCGUGUGCGUACGGCAAAAAAGUGACAAUUUCCUGGCCCAGGAGCCAGUUGUUCCAAAUCUAAUCAUGUCAGCUUUUGGACAAGGAAAAUUUGUUCGUGUGUGUAUACGGCCGUCAAGGAAAACUUGACAAGAAAUACUUCUGAAUGCAAUGGUUUUAGCAAACAAAUAAGGAGGUCUUGACGCGAGAUAAAUGCUUAAUAACAAAACUUGUCAAGGGAAACUCUUUGACCGUACGAGAAAGAGGUAUACUAAACUGGUCAAGGAAACUUAUUAUGCAAGGAAAACCUGCUCGCUUGUACGGGGCUUAACUAUAGGUGAUAAUUCUAUUCACGCUUCAACUUGGUAUUUGUACACAUAAAUUGUAAAAAGGAUUAAGUUAGAUUAAGCAGAAAUGAUCCUCUUAAUUAGACCAUGAUUUGACAAGGUUUAAACAAUUGAACAAAAGUGGCUGAAAAUAUUAAUCCUUCCAACUUUCUUACCUACAGUACAGUAUAUACUUGAGUUUAUUACAUGUAUUUGCUCCUACAACUAUGAUUGAAGUGUUUUUGCUAUUGACAAUUAUCAGUUGUACACGUUGUCUAUAUAAGCUAUACAUUAACCAGAAAUCCUUAUCAGGCUGAAAUAAUAUACGCUAUUUUGAUCCAGACAAAACAGAUUUCAUUAUUGUGCAUAUCAUUAGAUGUUGAUUCAUAUCAUAGAUAUUGAUUCAAAUUAGUAUUGAAUUUUAUCGUUCGAAGUUGCGAGAAAACGUUCCCCUACAAAGAAACAGAAACAUUAUGUACUUAUAAUAUUCAUGUUAAUAACGAGACGUAAAGUCGGCUUGAUUACGUCAUUGAUUGAUGAAGGGGCUGUGCCACUUGUAAGUGGUACUAAAAUUUAGUUUGCCAAUCAUCUCCUAGGUCAUGAUCAGAAAGAAAAAACAUUGUCUCUAUUCAUGAUAAAAUGUUAAUCGGUAUCAUUCAUAGAAAAGGACGCGUGGAUAGACGUGUGGUAGGCGGCAUUUUUUCUAAUUCACACCCAUUUCCAAUUAUGGAAUGCUUGCUGUUUUGUGGGAGGGUUGACAUGUGUAUAUAAAUCAUUUUAGGCUGACAGAACAGUUCCUUUCUGCACUGUAAACACUUGAACUGGACUUAAAUGGACCCAGUGAGACAGACAUAAGUGGACCAAGUGGCAUAUAUAAAAUUGCAUUUUGACUUGAUUGGGCAUAUGUAUUAUCUUGUUCUGUUGAGUGAAAUAGAGCACAGUUUCAACAAUUCUUAUUGUAUUCUUUGCUGAGAGGAACUUUGCGAUAUUUUACGGUUCUUGGAUUCGAGCAAGGCUGGUGACUUUUACGGGACAAAAUCUUCGCCUUCGUUUGCUAUAAUAGAAAAGUACUUGACAAGAGACAGUCUAGAAGACACCUGCAGUUGUUGUAAGGUGAAUAGAGCAUCAGUAUAUCAAUAUAUUUCAGAGAUACCUCGUUUUUGGUUUUGAGUUACGCUAUACUAUAGUCCGCAGAAUACGGAGGAAAAACCUUUACGGUAAAACUGUAAAGGAAAAUUGCUGACAGGAGAUAAUCUUCAGAAUCUUCGUCAUGAAUCGAAAGAACGACGUACGACGCCAAAGCUUUUCGAGCGAAUUUAGAAACGCUUUCGUGGUGAGAAACAAAUGCGAGCAAUUAAAAUUAGAGAAGCAGCACAAGUCUUUGGAUCGCUUGCGAGCGCACGAGAGUCUCGACCUCACGAACAAAAAGAGAGAAAUUUUAAGCCUGCAAAUGUCGAUACUGUCUUCAAAGCCUGAUGAAAACACCCUAGACCUAUCCAUUAAGCCAGAGACCUCCCAACCCCUGGCGGACAUUAAUGACACGCGCAAGAAAUUUAGAUCAAGAGCCUUGAGUACAAGUACUUCGAGUAUUAAUUCCUUUUUGGGAGGAGGCAGUGGCAAAGAUGGCCGAAUAGCGCCGAGUUCAGUGAACUCUAAAAUAGGGAAAAUAUAUCAGUUUAAAAAGAUGUCCCGGUCUUUUAGUGUUUCUGGAAAUCUUGAUUGUUUCACGCGAAGAAAAUACACAGCGACACUACAAACUGAUAAGAAUAAUAAUGAGGAAUCUCUUUCUGUGGACAAUGAUGAAUCCUCAAGUGGGCAAGCUAUAUGGAAACUAUUGCCACCAAUUCAACUCACUCCUCUACACAAGCAGAAGUCAAAAUCUUUGAAAGAAAUAUCCUCGCAUUUGGAAACGCCAAGACGUAAAAUGUCCAUGGAGAAUAACUCCUGCUCCUGGAAUGAUCUACAGGAUUGCAGAUAUCUUAGACGAACAUGGAAGCACGAUUCCUGCUCGGAGUCGUACGGUCCGAAAGGAAAGGAUGCUAGUGACUUGGAGGUUGUUGAAGAUUUUUAAAACGUGAAAAAAACAACAACACUACCCGGGUUCCCGCUUACGGCUAAGCGAAAGAACGGCGUGUUUCUUUUGCAUGCUUCGCCUUUCUUUCUUCUCGCCGUGAUUCUUUAACCCAUUAAGUUGCAGUGCGCCCCACUUUAUUGCUUCACUCUGUGUAACGCCAGACGAUCUUAUUCGUCAAGGGGAUUUAGCGCUGGCACUCAAUGGGUUAAGAGCCAGACUGGAGCCAGGGUAUAGGACAACCAGACAUUUGUGCAACAAUCCUAUACCUUGCACUCACCCUAUAACCACUCGUCCACUCCUAUCACUCUAGCAGCAUUUGGUCACUCUUCAUAGUUUCUGACGACGCCGCAGACGACGAAAGCUCAAACGAAUAUGAAAGUAGCUUGUUGGCCUAACUAAACAGUAGCUUAUUUUGACUUAUACUAUUCGUAACUCUCUAUCGUUUACCACAUUUAGUUAUUACCGGAGUCAUGGUGAUCAAAUGAUCUGGUAUAAAUGAAGUAAAAGCGAAUUAGCCUUUUUCACGAUGACGAAUAUCCGCCAUUUUUGGGUGUCAUCUAAUUCUCGUUAACCUGCAAUGCAGACAAUUAAAAUAAUGUGAAAAGCAAUUUUUCAAAAUAAACUAAUCAUUUACAAAGCAAAUUUACCAUCAUUCGUCCAAAAAAUUAUAAAAAGUCGCUGUUAUGUAGACUUAUCUUGCAGACUUCUGUUGAAAAGCCACCCCCAAAAAUGGCGGCGUGAGAAAGACUAAUUGCAUGAACCAUGUUGAAAUUAUAAUUGUCAAAUAAGGCCAUUUGUCUUGAGAAUUAUGAGUUCACAGCAGCUCAACCUGUUAAACAGGGACAACCCAAUCCAUUGAACAGGGCAAUCAGGUAUAAUAUCAGAUAUUUUAGCGCACCACUCUUGUUUGAGUGUACAGGCGAAGGAGCGAAUAUCAGUUCACGAAUAUUUACUCAUGUCUAGUGUCUUCAUCAGGGUUAUCCAAAGUUGCCAGAAGCUUUAGAAGCAUGGUAUAUUAUUAUGAACCAUCAUGCUUUGUAAAACUAUUUAGGGACCGGUCAUUAUUUAAGGCGGGGGGUGGCACCGAAGAGAAAAGGGUUGGGUAAACAAAAUUUUGAGUAAGUAAAAGGUUGGGGAAAUAAAAAAACAAAACAUCUCAAGGGUAAUAAAAAAUUAUUAUCAUUUCCAAAGCAUGACUCACUUAAAUAUUGGAGACUGAAAAGCAAUGUCAACAGUCAUAUGUAAAUACAGUAUGUGAAUCAAUCAGAGUCGCUAUCUUGAUCAUUUUCCGAUUUGUUGGGAGACAGAUGGUGUCUCCAAAGAAAGUACAUGUGCAGACAACAUGAAACUUUAGACUGCAGAAAAUUGCACAAUCCGUUAUCAAACUCGUGUCACAGAAGUGGUAUUAAAAAGGACAUGUGUGACAACUUAAUGGUAUCCUUUUGUAAAGGUUUUGGCCAGGGGUGGGUAUUUAUUUUUUAAUUGAUAUUCGAGGUUGGGUAAUCGAAUUUUUGACUUGUUAAUGGUUGGGUCAGCAAAAUUUUUGCUAGGAAAAACAUUUCUCUUUGGUGCCACCCCCCCCCCCAUAAAUAAUGACCCGUCCCUUAUUACAAAACUAUCACCACCUUGGCUGAUGACGUCAAUUGUGUAGUUAUAAGAUAUUUCUUGUUAAUGAGUUUGAAGACGGAUCAUGUGAAAAUACCUGUGAAAAUAACUUGUUUCAAGUAUACUUCAGAAAUAUAUGGAUUAGAUUAUUUUCACUCCCUAUAUUUGACAUGCGGAGGGUCUGAACUGCUGGUUGCAGAUUGAUGCUUAUUUUCAGACAAUAAAACUUGAACCUAGCCCAUAUCCUCCUGACCCAUAACUUGGAAUCUUCAUCUAAACCAAUCCGAAAUUUGAUCACCAAGCUGCAAAAGCUACCACCAACGUGGCGCUUCGAGGGAUGUCAUAUAUAUUGUCACAAGGAGGGAGGGGGUAUAACACACAGUAUCACGUGACAGUAUACCUGAAAACAAAGUAGAUAAUGUUUAUAUGAAUUAAACUUGGUGUGCCUCACAGUGGCUUAGAAUUCGGAAUUCCUACAACUAGUGUAACAAUCCGUUUGCUCAUUAUUUCGCGGGGGUGUUGGGUGUUGGCUCAGAGUCACGUAAUUUUUGAGGUGUUGGUAAUGACUUCCUGUCACAUAAGCGUCACAGGAAGUAGGGGUACCAAAAAUUGUCAAAAAGCGUCUGCACGUAUUUUGUGAACGGCUCACAACCUGCAAUUUAGAUCCUCCGUUGUUUCACUCGUUGAGUUUUUACCAAUAAGGAAAUUAAAAUCCCACCAAAUGAAACGUGAUGUAAAAUACUGUCUACAGUUUUUGUUUGGGCUAGGCUGCACUCAUUUCGUUAUAAAGCAGCAAAAACACGGAAUACUGUGUGAAAAGAAAUAUAAUUUUAUACUGAUACUUUAUAUAAUUUAAUAGGCGAUGGUAGAAAUCUAG